CUAAAUCAUCACAUCUCUCUCAUCACUCUCUCAGCAGAUCACGUGUUUCUCACAUGGCUCCGGAGCUUACUCAAACCACCGCUGCUAAAUCCACCGUAACAAUAACAAAACCUUCACCGCCGACGAUCUAUGGCGGCGGUCGAGCUUACGUGACGUUUCUCGCUGGUAACGGUGAUUACGUGAAAGGAGUCGUAGGUUUAGCCAAGGGGUUGAGGAAAGUCAAAUCGUCGUAUCCACUCGUUGUUGCUAUAUUACCGGACGUUCCGGAGGAGCACCGUCGUAUACUGGUGGAACAAGGCUGCAUUGUCCGUGAAAUCGAACCCGUUUACCCACCCGAUAACCAAACUCAGUUUGCCAUGGCUUAUUACGUCAUCAACUACUCUAAACUCCGUAUCUGGAAGUUUGUGGAGUAUAGUAAAAUGAUAUAUUUAGACGGUGACAUUCAAGUUUACGAGAACAUCGACCACCUGUUCGAUCUUCCUGAUGGCUAUUUCUACGCUGUGAUGGAUUGUUUCUGCGAGAAGACGUGGAGCCACACGCCGCAAUACAAGAUCGGAUAUUGUCAACAGUGCCCGGAGAAAGUUCAGUGGCCAAAGGCAGAGCUUGGAGAGCCGCCGGCUCUUUACUUCAACGCAGGGAUGUUCUUGUUCGAGCCUAACCUCGAGACUUACGAGGACCUACUGAAAACUCUUCAAAUUACUCCUCCGACUCCUUUCGCUGAACAGGAUUUUCUCAACAUGUACUUCAAGAAAAUCUACAAGCCGAUUCCUUUGGUGUACAAUCUCGUCCUUGCGAUGCUAUGGCGCCACCCAGAAAAUGUAGAGCUUGAUAAAGUCAAAGUGGUGCACUACUGUGCGGCGGGUUCAAAGCCGUGGAGAUACACCGGGAAGGAAGCCAACAUGGACAGAGAAGACAUAAAAAUGCUAGUGAACAAAUGGUGGGAUAUUUACAAGGAUGACUCCUUGGACUACAAGAAACCUUUAGGCGUUGCCGAAACAGAGGCCGAUCUGGUGAAUCUGAAGCCGUUUAUCACUGCUCUUACUGAUGUUGGACGCGUCAACUACGUGACCGCACCGUCCGCUGCUUGAAUGUCAUCAGGAGUUAAAAUUGUCGGUUAUUUAGGUGGGUUUUUUACCGGGCAGUGAGUGGUAUGUGUCCGGUCAACAACCACACAUGCUAUCUCUGGUUUCAAAUGCAUUGGCGGUCUUCAAAAUGUAAUUUGAUUUCGUCCCUUUUUCUUAUUGUCUAAUCUCUAUAAUGUGUGUCUCAUUAAUUUUUGCGUGUAUCUUCGAAUCUCAAGCUUGAACAAAAUAAAUAUACCAAAAAACAGUCACCCUCA